GCCCCGCCCGUCUCUACGAUGACAAUUCCUGCCUCAAUCUGAUUCUCUGCCAGAUACAAACAAGACAUCUGCUUGGUUUUGAUUAUCAUCUAUAUCGUGAACACUCUCACGGAUAACAUUUUUCUUUCAUCAUUAAAGUUUAUUAUUUCCACGCUUUUCUAAUGGAUCGUUUUCUGAUCGAGCGCACUUAUCUGAAGCGCGCACACACACAGACAUCUGGCUGUCAGACAUCAAGUCUCCUCAGACAGAGAGACCCUGCAAGCAAGUUGAUCAGUUUGACGUAAACUAUGUUCAGGGUGACGAUAUGUCUAUUUCUUGCCUUUCCACACCCCACGCGCUGGACUCUCUAACAGUGAAACUACGCAAGACCAACCCAGUUAAAGACAUCAUAAUCUGUUCAGACCCUCCAGCGUCAGAGCAUCAGAGAUGGUCUGUGAGAAAUGAUGCUGGAAAUGUUACACUUUACUUGAAAGACAUCAGUUUAUCUGAUGAUGGCCUUUAUGACUGUCAGGUCUACAAUGGUUUGGACUGCCUUAAAGCUACUCACUUUAACCUGAGUGUCAUAAAGUGUAAACCUUUGAACCCUGUUCAUGCAACAGCAAAUACUUCAGUGUUGUUGCCAUGCUCUGAACAUUCACUGCAAAACAGUACUGAUAGAGUUACUUGGAAAAUAGUUACUGGUCACCAAUCAACAGAAAUAACCCAAUAUCGUCCUCCACACAAGCCCUCAAACAGCACAGAGAGAGUCCUGAGGCCUCUGUAUGAGAGAGUGAGAAUACUAGGGAAUGGAUCUCUGCUAAUAAGGGAUGCAGUAAAUACUGAUGGAUCAUGGUAUCGGUGCAGAGUGAAUGAAACAACCUGUUAUGAUGUGAAGCUGGUGAUGAAAGAUUAUGGCACUUCUCAUUCGACAAAAAAAAUGGAUACAUUUUCCACAACUUGUCCUACCUGUCACACAGCUGACAUUCCUGUUGUCCAGACUGAAGGCAACAUUGCCGUGAGUCCAGCAGUGACAACUAAUCUGACAGUAGUGAUUGCCACGAUAGUGUCUCUGUGUGUCCUCAUAUCACUUAUCAUCUGUGUGAUUCUUUAUUUCAAAAAGCGAAGGAGCAAAAUCAACAGGGAAUCAACAUUAAACUGCCGGUUUUCUGUAUAUUAUUCCCAGAUUGCAGAAGGAUUGGAUGUCCCAGUGUAUUCUUUAGUGGAACAAAGCACAGGAACCAUGACCACCUUUUGUGCUGAACAAACAGAAGAAGCUUCUGCAUGUAAACCAGAUGACAUAUGAAGUGAACAUUGAGAAAUGAAUUGUUUUUCAUGUUUUUUUUUAUGUUUUGUUUUGUUUUUUUACCUGAAGUAAAAAAAGUAAUUUGAGUAAUUUCUAAAUUAGUGAUUAUAUGGCAUUUGGCACUAAUUAUAAUAAAGGAGAAAAUACACAAAUAAUUCUGUGUGACGCUCACAAGGCUCCCUGUAAUGCUAUUAUGAUUUUAUUGUUUUUUAAUACUCUAAUGUGAAACCAUUAUGUUGUCAUGAGUUUUGAAAUCCUUAGUUCUUUCAAACUCAACUUAAAGAUUGUCAAAACAACUAUCAGCCUUUUUUUUAAUCAUUGCAGGGAAAGUGAGGGAAAGUCAUAGCAUGAUACAGACUGAUGAUUUGAACUUAUCUGAUGCAAGAAUUAGAGAGUUGAAGACAUAAAUAGACAUUACAGAUUCCAGUCUCAUCAUAGCUGCUGUUUAUCAAGGUUUCUUUGAAAAUAUGAAGAGUGGAAAAGAGUGGUAAAUUCAUUAGAUACAUUAAACACAUUUGAGAAUUAACAGUA